AUAUUCCUUCUAUUUUUGUGUAUGAUUGCUCUGCUAUAUAUUCUCCAUUUUUCGUUUGUUCUGUCAUAUCAUUUUGAUUCACUGACCACUUGAUUUUUUUUUAGAUGCUCACUCAACACUUGAUCUCAAAACACACAAACAUGGAGAGUCAGUCUGACGAUACUGAAAUCAUCAAUCUCAGCCAUCCAAUUCCAAACUUCCCACUUCCAACAGACUCCGAACACAAAGCCACCGUACUCCGCCUCUUCACGGCGGCGCCGCCACACAUGCGUGCUUUCCACCUCUCCUGGAUUUCUUUCUUCUCCUCCUUCCUCUCCACCUUCGCCGCCCCUCCCCUCCUCCCCGUCAUCCGUGACAACCUCAACCUCACCGCCACCGACAUCGGCAACGCCGGAAUCGCCUCCGUCUCCGGCGCAGUCUUCGCCCGAAUUGCCGUGGGCUCCGCCUGUGACCUCUUCGGGCCCCGCCUCACCAUCGCCACCCUCCUCCUCCUCACCGCCCCGGCAGUCUUUUUAACCGCCAUUGCAGACUCUCCUCUCUCCUUCCUCCUCGUUCGCUUCUUCACCGGCUUUUCUCUCUCUACUUUUGUCUCGACCCAGUUCUGGAUGAGCUCUAUGUUCUCAUCCACCGUGGUCGGGACAGCCAACGGCGUGGCGGGUGGGUGGGGAAACCUUGGCGGCGGAGCAACCCAGUUGCUCAUGCCGCUGGUUUUUUCUCUCAUCCGCCAUGCCGGAGUAGAGAAAUUUACGGCAUGGCGAAUUGCGUUUUUUAUUCCGGCGCUGAUACAAAGCUUGUCGGCCUUCGAUGUCUUCCUCCUCGGCCAAGACUUGCCAGAUGGGAACUUUUCAGAGCUUAGGAAAAGAGGAGACAAACACAAAGACAACCUCCUAAAGGUUUUCCAUCAAGCAGUCAAAAACUACAGAGGUUGGAUCUUGGCACUGACAUACGGGUAUUGUUUUGGCGUCGAACUGACAAUCGACAACAUAAUUUCCCAGUACUUUUACGACAGAUUCGACGUGAAUCUUCACACUGCGGGGAUCAUAGCCGCAAGCUUUGGAUUGGCGAACGUGUUUUCGAGGCCUGCUGGAGGGUUGAUUUCGGAUGCAAUGGCAAAGAGGUUUGGGAUGAGAGGUAGAAUUUGGGCACUGUGGAUUGUGCAGAGUAUGGGAGGCUUGUUCUGUGUUGUUUUGGGGCUUGUGGGCUCUUUGAGUGCUUCUAUUGCUGUGAUGGUUGUGUUCUCUGUGUUUGUUCAAGCUGCUUGUGGGCUUACUUUUGGGGUUGUUCCCUUUGUCUCCAGAAGGUCUUUGGGUGUAGUAUCCGGGAUGACCGGCGGCGGAGGAAAUAUGGGGGCAAUUUUGACACAAGUAAUAUUUUUCAGAGGAUCCAAAUACAAAACAGAGACAGGAAUAACUCUGAUGGGUGUGAUGAUAAUAUGUUGCACCCUCCCAAUGGUUUUGAUAUACUUCCCACAAUGGGGUGGCAUGUUUUGUGGUCCAUCAUCAUCUAAAGGAGGAAGAGCCACAGAAGAAGAUUACUACAUGUCUGAAUGGAGUUCAACUGAAAAAGAGAAAGGUUUCCACCAAGCAAGCUUGAAAUUUGCACAUAAUAGUAGGAGUGAAAGAGGUACAAGGGUGGAUUUUGCACCCACACCUUCCCAUGGGACUCCAUCCACAUCUGUCUAACUACUACCCUAUGUCACAUGGACUAGAAUACCAGUAUAUGGUGUGAGUAGAAUAAGUGUUCAAGUAAUUUUGUAAACACAGAUGUUAAGAUAUUGAAAUAUGUAUUCAUAAGUUAUGCAA